AUGGCAGAAGAAAUCAAACCGAAAUUGAUCGUAUUUGAUUUAGAUUACACCCUUUGGCCAUUCUGGGUGGACACCCAUGUUGAUCCUCCAUUUACACUCAAGGGUAAUGGCAAAGUAUAUGAUUUUCGAGGAGCUGAAGUUAAACAUUAUCCAGAAGUUCCUGAUGUGCUAAAAAAGCUUCAAAAUGAUGGAUACAAACUUGGUAUUGCUUCCCGAACUGGUGCUAUUGAAGAUGGCAGAAAAUUGGUAGAACUGUUUGGCUGGGAAGAAUAUUUCCAGUUUUCAGAGAUUUAUCCUGGUGUGAAGACUAAACAUUUUUCAAGAUUCAACGAAAAGAGUAAAAUUCCUUAUGAAGACAUGUUGUUUUUUGACGAUGAAAACAGAAAUAUUGUAGACGUGAGCAAAUUGGGUGUCACGUUCUGUUUUAUGUUCCGGGUCGGCCUUUGUGAUAAUGUAGGCGAUACUUUGGAAGAGGAAAGUGCCCACUUUGAUGUCAAACCUGGUGGAAAAAUUAAUGUAUACACAAGAGAUUGGGAUGGCUUCCAUUGUGUUUUUACGUAUGCUUGCCAAGGAGGAACAAAAGAGCAAUGGAUGAUGACUCUCAAACGAAGCAUCAAUAAGAAAUAUAGCAAAUGCCUUGUAUUCCGUCCAUCUGGAAAUUCUUAUUUAUUCUUUGAACAAUUUUCUGUACAAAUCAAAGGACCACAAAUCCAAUCAGCGAAACUUCUGGCAAAUAAUGGAAAACCACUGAGUCCUGAACAGUACAAAAUUGAAAAAUCCAAAAAUACAGUAACACAUACGAAUGAGAAAUUCAAUUCAGAACUUACAUUUAUUGAAAUUGAUGCAAUUCGACAUAAGAAGAAGAAGGAAUUAUAA